GCCUAGGGUAGCCAGUAUGUCACACCUGGGGCAGGGUGGUUGCUGGGAUGCUCAUGUUCAUGCUCAUGCCCAGCACGUGCCCCAGCUGCUGGGAUGUGACAGAGGUGGUGGCCCCGGUGACACAGUCCUGAGUCAUGCCCCAGGCUGCAGGUGAUGGCUGGGACACAGAGAUAGAAGUAGAGCGAGCCCAGCCGUGUGGGUCCCUGAGGGGUGUUUGUGGCACUGCACCCAGCUCUAAAAAGCCCCAAACCUGUCCCCAUCCCAUCCCCAGGCUCAGCACCAGCCAUGGCAACGCUCUACCCCUCACUGGAGGACAUGAAGGGCCACCAGGUCCUGCAGGCACAGGCAGCUGCUGGGAUUGGCACUCCUGCCACCACGGUGCUCACUGAGAAGCCAAAGCUCCCGGAGAAGCCGAAGGUCACCUCCAGCACCGUGCCCUCAGCACCACCUGCGCUGUACCCCAACCUGGCCGAGCUGGAGGAUUACAUGGGGCUGGCGCUCUCCAGCGAAGAGAUCCAGAAAAACCUCUUCCCAGAUAGCAGCACUGCGCUGACUCCCGUCGGGUCCCUGCCAGGACAGCUGGUUGCCCCACUGAGUGGGAACAGUGCGGGGCUGCGGCGGGCGGAGAUCAAACCAGGUGUGCGAGAGAUCCACCUGUGCAAGGAUGAGCGGGGCAAGACGGGGCUGCAGCUGAAAAAUGUUGACCAGGGCAUCUUCGUGCAGCUGGUGAAGGCCAACUCUCCGGCGGCACUGGUGGGGCUGCGCUUUGGUGACCAAAUCCUGCAGAUUGAUGGCAAGAAUUGCGCAGGCUGGAGCAGCGACAAGGCGCAGCGGGCACUGAAGAAGGCGUCCCCAGAGAAGAUUGUCAUGGUGGUGAGGGACAGACCGUUCCAGCGCACUGUCACCGUGCACAAGGACAGCACCGGGCAUGUGGGUGUCGUGGUGAAGAAGGGGAAAAUCGUGUCGCUGGCCAAGGACAGCUCUGCUGCCCGCAAUGGGCUCCUGACACACCACCACAUCUGCGAGGUCAAUGGUCAGAACGUCAUCGGCAUGAAGGACAAACAGCUGAUGGAGGUGCUGGUGGGCGCAGGGAAUGUCAUCACUCUGACCAUCAUCCCUGCUGUCAUCUAUGAGCACAUGGUGAAACGGCUGUCGCCGGGACAGAUGAAGUCAUCCAUGGACCACUCCAUCCCUGACCUCUGAUGCCAUCCCUGCUGUUCUAACACCUGGGGGCAGACACCGGUGUGGGCACCCCGAUGGCCAAGCCUGGAAGAGGGGAGGGAGCUCAAAGGAAAUGCUGGAGGUACCCCUUCAGCUCCCCAGAAAGAACCCAUGAGAGCUACUGGUGCGACACCAUCCCAUGUCCCCCAGCUCUCAGCACACGGACCAGGGUUGGGGAAUGUGCUCCUGCCCCCAUGUCCUCCCCCAUGCCAUCCAUAUCCACUCCCAGGGCAGACGCCAAAGGCUGUCUCCAGCGAAGCAGACACAGACCCAGCGACGUUUAUUACAUCCACCGCAGUACAGGACAGCGGAAACGAGAGAAGAGAGGGGGGAGGUUUACAGCUUUGUUGGUUUUUUUUUUUUCUUUUUUUUUUUUU